UCUACAUCUUUUAUUUACAUUCAACCAACAUCUUGAACUCAAUGAAAACAAACAUUGAGCCUAUCAGCUAUUGUCACUUUGACAUUUCUUGAACUUUACACUAUACCCGUCAAUAUUCUUAACAUAUAUCCAACAUAUAUCCAACAUAUAUCAUCAGAAUGACUAUCAGCUCCAAAGCCGUGCCAGUCGAGUUGUGGCGCCAUCCAAGCCCUUCCUCUACACCGCUAUACAAGUUCCUACAGCAUGUGAAGGUCAAGCAUGGCAUAGACACUGAGGAUUAUCCAACUUUAUAUAAGUGGUCUAUCGAGAAUAUAUCCGACUUUUGGGCCCAAGUUUGGCAUUUCUGCGGCAUCAAGGCGUCCAAACCAUACUCAUGCGUCUUGCCGGAUAAUGCACCCAUGUUCCCAAGGCCGGACUUCUUCUCCGGAUCACUCCUUAAUUUUGCCGAGAACAUCUUGUUCCCGGAGAAAGCAGAUAUCGUAGAGUCCUCUACCGCUGUCAUUACAGCUACUGAAGUUGACGGACAGCUCAUCUCAACGACAUGGGCUGAAUUACGAAACGCCGUGCGGCAGUGCUCGAAUGCGCUGAGAGCUGCCGGAUUAAAGCCCCGAGAUGUAGUCGCUGGCUUUGUUUCUAACCACACGCAAGCCCUUGUAGCGAUGCUCUCCGCCGCCGCCAUUGGAGCCGUGUGGACGGGGAUCAGUCCGGAUAGCGGUGUAAGUGCGGUCCUAGAUAGGCUGGUGCAGAUCGAGCCGAAGGUUCUAUUCGCCGACAAUGGGACUGUGUAUAACGGCAAAGCAUGGUCCAGCACGGACAAGACAUCGCAGAUAGUCGAUGAGCUCAAGUCUAAAGGCCUAGAGCUCGUCAUUAUCAUAAGCAACGUCCAAGACUUCGGCUGGGACUUGGAAGCACUCAACUUAAAAGGAGUUGUGGCGAAAGAAUACGAAAGCUUUCUGAAAAGCGGCGGCGGCGAACCCCUGAGAUUUGAGCAACUUUCACCAUCACAUCCCCUUUAUGUCUUAUAUUCCAGUGGCACUACUGGCCUCCCGAAGGCCAUCGUACAUACCGCACUAGGCACAUUAAUACAGCACAAGAAGGAACAUGUUCUUCAUUGCUCGAUGGACUCUACUUCGAGAAUGCUCUAUUACACGACCACAUCUUGGAUGAUGUGGCAUUGGAGCAUUUCAGCCCUCGCCUGUGGAACUACUCUGGUCUUGUACUCCGGUUCGCCCUUCAGACCCCAUGGCUAUUUAUCCCUGCCUAAACUCCUCUCCACCCUGCGGAUAACUCACUUCGGUACUUCAGCCGCAUAUCUCACCACGCUUGAGACCAAUGGUGUUUACCCCAUUCGAUCACUUGACCUUUCUCAUCUACAAGCCAUCUACUCAACCGCCUCACCCCUCCCACCAUCGACCUUCUCAUUCGUUUACGAGGCAUUCCCUGCUCAUGUUAAUUUGGCUUCUAUAACUGGUGGUACCGACAUAAUAUCAUUGUUCGGUGCCCCGUGUCCGCUACUACCUGUUCACGUCGGCGAGAUUCAAUGCGCCGGGCUUGGUAUGGCUAUUGGCGUAGUAGAUCCCAUCAGUGGCGCCGCGACACCCGGCGAAGACGGCGAACUCGUAUGCACCAAGCCGUUCCCCUGCCAGCCCCUGACAUUCUGGGGACCCGAAGGACAAUCUAAGUAUCGGGCUAGCUACUUUGAGCGCUUUGACGGCCUAUGGCAUCACGGUGAUUUCGUGCGGAUCGACACCAAGACAGGUGGCCUGACUAUGCUGGGUCGCAGCGAUGGUGUCCUCAAGCCCGCUGGUGUACGAUUUGGGAGUGCGGAGAUCUACAACGUGCUUACUCGAUUCUUUGGCGGCGAGAUUGAAGAUGCUGUGUGUGUUGGUCGGAGGCGGGAAACGGACCGUGAUGAGACGGUCUGUCUAUUUGUUGUCAUGAGCAACGAGAAGACGUUCACACCCGAACUACGUGAGAAGAUUAAGGAUGUCAUUCGAAAAGAAUUAAGCCCUCGGCAUGUCCCUGGUGUAGUGGAGGAAUGCGGAGCGGGAAUCCCGAAGACGGGGAAUGGGAAAAAGAUUGAGGUUGCUGUCAAGCAGAUUCUAUCUGGUAUGAAUAUCAAGACGAACGCCAGUGUGGCAAACCCGGAGGCUCUGGCUUGGUUUCAAGAAUGGGCAGCAACGCACAACUAGAUAAGAGGUCCUACUUUGUAUAAAGGCUGAGUUUUGCAAGUUUCACGAAUAAGGUGAACAACAUUAGCCAAAGGCAUAGGCAUCAAAAUAAUCAUAGAAGAAGACAAGAGCAUAUAUAUGGGAUAA